GGAAAUGAUGCAGUUGAGCCCUUCCAAGCCUGUACCGAAAAAGGUAGAAGAAUGCAUUGCCCACAUGGUUGGAAUAAAAAUGCAGCAGUCAAACUUGCCGAAUAAAACUGUUCAACUGCCCAGUGGAAGUUCACAACCAUUGACAAUAACACCUAUUAGAAUUCCUCGCAAGUCAUCUGAUGAAACAUGUGAAAGGAAUGUGCGAUAUAGAGCAAAUACAGCCAAGGAGUUAAUCCAUCUGAUGUCUGGUGAAGAAACACAAUCUGUCACAAAACAGACCAUGGCACUGCUAAAUUCUAUGGAAGAAAGUGACAGAAAUACUAUCAUUAAAAAUUUGGGUACAGAAGUCAUUAUCCCAGCAAAUCACAUCACAGCAAUGAAAUCAAAUUUAAACAUCCCAUGGAAUCAACUACGUGAAAUUCACGUUGGUUAA